AUGAUGCGAGCGGAACGAAGGGCUCUGUUGGACUCGAACCUAUUGUCGUUUUCCAAGUUGAUGAAGACAGACGCUGUUAUGGACUUGCUUGUUGCCAAAAAGAUUUUCAACGAUACUGUUGUCGACAAUGUCUACUCUGGAAGAACCGAACGUGAAAGAAGGAAAGAAGUUAUUCGAGCUGUUCAGCGCCGUGGCGAUGCUGCUUACGAGGCUCUUUAUAAUGCGCUUAACGAAUCUGGGCAACAUGAGCUUGCGGAGUUGAUGAAGCCUCUGGUGAAUGAGGCAUUGUUGUCUUCUACAACGACGAUUGACGACGUCGAGAUGCCUACUUUGCGACGGAACACAAUCAGUCCAAGAGGAAGCCACCGCAUAUCAAAUUAUUCUAUUUCUAUGGAUUCUUACGACGAAUCGGAAUCGCAUAUUCAUGAAAUUACUACUCGUUCGCCAAGACUGCGUCAUCGCGAUUUAUCAGCGGUAUUUACUGGGGGACGAGUCAGCCGUCCAAGUCGAAGUACGAGCAUGGUCGAUACAUACGAUGUUGAGAUGAUACCGAUACAACCUCCAAGUCCGCAUCGCCAUCGUCGAGCCACAAGCCCAACUUAUUCACCAUCCCGUCGACGCAUUCAAACCGCGAGAGAGACUGUUCCUUUGACUCCACAAUCCUACCAGAUGUCGUUCCAAGAGGCUUUGAAUCGUGCUCGCUCCAGAUCUCGGCCGCGCGCUCUUCAGGAUACCGAUCGUCUCAACUAUCAGGCCUGUAAUUACUUCACUAGAGGAGAGCCAAAACUUCCUGCAGAAUCGCCAACUCGCAAUUACUGUUCGGUUUACAAUUUGCGAUCAUCACUUGGACGAAAAGUCCAGGAUAUGCAUUAUGUAUUCCAGGAGGAGAGCAUGAAUUAUGUCGAUGCACCUUUCAUUGAGCGAAUUUUCGACAGAGAAACUAUGUACCCCAAUUUUACCAACCCUCGCGGACUUUGUCUCAUAAUUAAUAAUGAGCAUUUUGAGCAAAUGCCGUCGAGAAAUGGAACCAAAACCGAUAAGGAAAACAUAUCGAAUUUGUUCAGAUGUAUGGGAUAUACCAUUGUCACUCGCGACAAUUUGUCCGCCAGGGAAUUAUUGCAAGAAGUCCAUAAUUUUGCCAAGGAUCCAAUGCAUCGUCGUUGUUCAUCAGCCAUUAUUGUAAUUUUAUCACAUGGAGAAGAAAAUCAGAUAAUAGGAGUCGAUGAUCAAACCGUCAGCACUCAUGAUCUUCUCGACCUUUUGAGCGCUUCUAAAGCGCCGAAUUUGGCGAACAAACCGAAGUUAAUAUUUGUUCAGGCUUGUCGUGGAGAACGACGUGACACAGGAUUCCCUGUGAUUGAUUCGACGGACGGAAUUCCGGCGCUUCUUCGUCGCAAUGCCUAUGAUAAAGGCGACGGGCCUUUGUUCAACUUUCUGGGCUGCGUUCGACCGCAGGCCCAACCGACAUAUCGAAAGAAACCAGAGCAGGCCGAUAUUCUGGUGGCUUACGCGACGACGGCGCAGUAUGUGUCGUGGCGCAACAGUGUCCGCGGCUCGUGGUUCAUUCAAGCGAUUUGUGAAGUUUUUGCGCAGCAUGCACGCAAUAUGGAUAUCAUUGAAAUGCUAACCGAAGUCAAUAAGAAAGUCGCUUGUGGAUUUCAAACUUCGCAAGGCUCCACCACUCUGAAACAAAUGCCAGAGCUCACAUCUCGUCUUGUGAAAAAAUUCUACUUUUGGCCAUGCCGUGCUUCGUCUGUCUGA